AUGCAGGGUAACUUCCUGCAAGGACCCAUUCCCUCAUCUUUUGAUUCUUUGAGAGGUCUUCAACGAAUAGAUCUAUCCAGAAACUUGUCAGGAAAUAUUCCAAAUGAGUUGGAGAAACUUAUCUUCUUGCAAUAUUUGAAUCUUUCUUUCAAUAAUUUUGAGGGUGAGGUACCAAAAACAGGAGUUUUCAGCAACACAAGUUCAUUUUCGCUUGUUGGAAAUAGAAAUAUUUGUGGGGGUAGCCCUGAAUUGCAGCUGCCAGCAUGCAUUGUCAAUGAAGAAAAACACAGAAGACCUUCCACUGUCAUAAUCCUCAUCACAACCAUCAGUUCAUUUCUUUUAGUCGUGAUAGUGACCUCCUUAUGUCUUUUCUAUCGGCGAAAGUCAAGAAAGAGUCCAAUUUUCUCACCCUUUACAGUGGAUAAGGUUCCUCAAAUUUCAUUCAGGGAACUCUUGAAAGCAACUGGUGGAUUCUCUUCAGAAAACUUAAUUGGACAAGGCAGUUUUGGCUCGGUAUAUAAAGGAAGUCUUGAUCGGCAGGGUGAAUGUUUCGUUGCUGUAAAGGUACUCAACCUUCAGCAACAUGGACCUUCCAAGAGCUUCAUUGCUGAGUGCAAAGCACUGAAAAACAUCCGGCACCGGAAUCUUGUUAAAAUCUUGACGUACUGCUCCAGCAUUGAUUUUAAAGGAAAUGAUUUCAAAGCUCUAGUGUUUACAUUCAUGGAAAAUGGCAGUUUGGAAAUGUGGUUGCAUCCAGAGGAAAAUGGUUAUAGUCAGAUGAAGAGAUUAAACUUUCUCCAAAGACUAUGCAUUGCCAUGGAUGUAGCUUCUGCAUUGCAUCAUCUUCAUAACCAUUGUGAAACGCAAAUCAUUCAUUGUGACUUGAAGCCAAGCAAUAUUCUCCUUGACAAUGACAUGACUGCUUAUGUUAGUGACUUUGGAUUAGCAAGGCUCAUUUCUGAAAGCACCAGCAAUCCUUCUCAAAGCCAAAAUUUCUCAAUGGGAAUAAAGGGAACAAUUGGCUACAUGGCUCCACGUAAUAUUCUCCACACUACUUUCUCCUAGUUAAAUUACUACAUGAAUCAGCAUGGCAAGGCAUAUGCCGGAUAAGGGGGAAAAACAUUCUGUGACCCCUGCACUUUGCUUGCAUUAAGCCCCUGAUCUUUUGUUGCUCUACAUUAAGCCCUCAAGCUUUUUUUUUAAAUUCAUUGCAAAUAUUAAAGAUGAAUCCCAGCAGGCUCUUUUAUAGAUAUAUAGAAUUGUAAAGUUAUAGUCUUGAUCACAUUUUAAUAGAAUGGGAGAUAUAUGAAUUGCAGAAUAUGGAGUAGGCAGCAAUGUGACAACUUAUGGAGAUGUGUAUAGCUUUGGAAUACUUUUGCUAGAGAUGUUCACAGGAAGGAGACCAACUCAUGAUGUUUUUAUAGAUGGUUUAGAUCUCCACAAUUUUGUCAAGGCUAAGCUCCCAGGACAAGUCAUGCAGGUUGUGGAUCCCACUUUAUUCACUCCAAGAGAAGUGGAGGCAGCAGAAAAUAUGGAUGAUGAUGAAAGUAUUGAAGAUAGUGUACAAGAGUGUGUUGUAUCAGUCCUUCAAAUUGGAGUUGCAUGCUCCGCAAAAGUGCCACAAGAUCUAAUGAAUAUUAUGGAUUUAACAAUCAAACUAAAUGCCAUCAAGGUUUCUUUCACAGGGUCCAGGGACUAGGUUAAUAAGGAUUUGAUAUAUUUCAGAAGCUCAGCUUUCAGAAAAAUGAGUUAUAGAGACUCAGAAAGUAGCCGUUUUUCUAGUUCACAAAAAAAUAAUUCAAGCUUUUUCCUUUUUUUUU